AUGGUGCCACGGAUUGGGCGAGCCGACCAGCCCAGCUUCGCCGUCGACGUGAUCCCGGUGGACUGGCUGGUGUCGAACCUGGUGGCUCUCACGUCGCGGCGUGAUGAGACGCUGGCGCACAUUGACGCUUCGACGCUCCACACUGCGCCGCAGAUCUACCACGUCAGGAACCCGCGGCCGCUGCGGCUCGAGGACCUGCCACAGAUGAUUGCGGACAUGUGCCCUGGGCAGCAGCAGCAGCAGCAGCAGGGGGCGGCGGCGGCGGGACUGGUGCCGCUGGAGCAGUGGCUCGGCAGCGUGGAAACGGCCGCCGAGGGCGAGGACGCGGCGGGCCAGCUAGCACGCAGUGCCGUCAUCAAGCAGAUGCUGUCGACGGGCACCGCCAUGUUCAGCCUCGACAACGCGAAGACCAUGGACCUGCUCGAGACGCUGAACCCGGGCGGCGUGGUGGAAGCGUGCCCGGGCGUUGAUGCCGCGUUCCUCGACGGGCUAUGGAGGCGGAUGUAG